AUGGUGAACCCCACAGUUUACUUCGACAUCACUGCUGAUGGCAAACCCCUUUGCCAUGUCUCCUUCGAGCUGUUUGCAGACAAAGUUCCAAAGACGGCAGAAAACUUCUGUGCUCUGACCACUGGGGAGAAGGGAAUUGGUUAUAAAGGUUCCUGCUUUCACAGAAUUAUUCUGGGAUUUAUGUGCCAGGGUGGUGACUUCACAAGCCACAAUGGCACAGGUGGCAAGUCCAUCUAUGGGGAGAAAUUUGAGGAUGAGAACUUUGUCCUGAAACAUACAGGUCCUGGCAUCUUGUCCAUGGCAAAUGCUGGACCGAACACAAACGGCUCCCAGUUUCUCAUCUGCACUUCCAAGACUGAGUGGUUGGAUGGCAAGCAUUUGGUCUUCGGCUAG